CUAGCUGAAUAUGAAAUGGCUAUAACACUUCUUUGCUCUUCCCUACAGGACAAUGAGAAGCGGACACUGUUGCAUGCAGCUGCCUAUCUAGGAGAUGCAGAAAUUCUAGAGCUUCUCAUACUAUCAGGAGCCAGAGUAAAUGCCAAAGACAACAAGUGGCUCACUCCUCUGCACCGGGCCGUGGCUUCCUGCAGUGAGGAGGCUGUCCAGGUGUUAUUGAAACACUCUACUGACGUGAACGCCAGGGACAAGAACUGGCAAACGCCGCUCCACAUCGCUGCGGCCAAUAAGGCAGUCCGCUGUGCCGAGGCCCUGGUCCCUCUCCUUAGCAACGUGAACGUGUCAGACCGGGCCGGGCGCACGGCGCUGCACCAUUCAGCCUUCAGUGGACACCAGGAGAGUGACGAGCCGACAACUUAUGGCAAGUUCAAAACCAAGUUGAGGAGCUAUGAAAGCACCGAGAAGUUUAGCGCCAUUUCCACUGACGACAACGUGAUGAAGGCAACUACCAACGGUCAUUCGGAGUGUUUGCGUUUGCUGAUUGGAAAUGCUGACCUCCAGAGUGCAGUGGACGUUCAAGACGGGAAUGGACAGUAA